AUGGCGUCAGACGGUGGUCUGGCGGAGGUGAGGGCCUCAAGUGAUGGUCUUGGAGUCAUCUCUCACGACAUUGCAGGGGCGAAAGCCGCCAACAUUCAAUCUAUUAUCAACAAGCUACUAAAAUCCCUCCCUGGCGUAAAGAAAUAUGGGAUUGGUUGCCUUGAAGAUUGCCUUGAGCUCUACAUAGAUGUUGUUUCUCAGCUAAAAGAUUCGGUGGAGGCGAUAAAAGCACAUCACAUCGACGAUGCUAGGACUUGGAUUAGCAUAGCUGUGGAUGCGAUGUUGACUUGCGAGGAUGGGUUACAAGAAGGGGGGUUAAAAUAUCCCUCAAAGAAACAAAAUGAUGAAUACUUAAAGACAAUUCUUAUUCCAUUGGACAUAGCUGCCGUCUUGGAUACCAAAUGA